AUGAAUCAAAGAAUGGACUUCUGGAAUCUGGCAAUCAGAAUUAUUUUCUUAUCACAAACUACAACUGGAAUUUUUGGAAAUUUCUCUCUUUUGUUCUACUAUCUAAUUCUAUACCAUAAAGAAUGCAUACUAAAGCCCACAGAUUUGAUUCUCAUGCACCUAAUGGCAGCCAAUGCCUUGAUUGUUCUCACUGCAGGAGUACCCGAAACAAUAGCAGUUUGGGGCUUGAAGCAGUUCUUGAAUAACUUUGGGUGUGAGCUCCUAUUGUACAUUCAAAGAUUUGGGAGAAGUAUGUCCAUUUGUACCACCUGCCUCUUGAGUCUCUUUCAAGUGAUGACCAUCAGUCCCAGAAAAUCCUGUUGGCAGGAUCAUAAAGUGAAAGCUGUAAAGUACAUUGGCUGUUCCAUUUUCCUCAUCUGGGUAUUGUACAUCUUGAUACAUUUUAUUUUCCUUCUGUACCCAUUUAUGAAAAUGAAAAACACAAAUGUGACAAGAAUACGUGAUUUUGGAUACUGCUUGGUUGCAGAGGAUGAAAAAAUAACUGAUUUACUCUAUGCAGCAUUGGUGAUGUGCCCUGAAUUUUUCUUUUCUGUGCUCAUUGCCUGGUCCAGUGGCUUCAUGAUUGUCAUUCUGUACAGACACAAACAGAGGGUUCAACACAUCAGGAGCUCUCAUGGUUCCAGCAGAAAAUGCCCUGAGUUCAGAGCCACCCAGAACAUCCUGACCCUUUUGUCUACCUUUCUGGCUUUUUAUACUCUCUCCUCCAUCUUAAGAGGAUGCAUUGCUCUUUUGUAUAAUCACAGUUGGUGGCUGAUGAACAUCAGUCGUCUCAUUUCUCUGGGUUUUCCAUCUUUUGGACCUUUUGUUCUUAUGAAUCAUUACUCCAAUGUGGUCUGGAUAAGAAAUAAAAGUCACUUAAUAUUAUUUUAA